GUUUCCUGUCGUGUUGUGCUGCUGUUGGUUAGUAAACAUGGCCGCUGCUGGUGCCACUGGGGAAGAUCUAAAAAAUGAGCUCACAUGUGCUAUUUGUCUGGAUUUAUUCAAAGACCCGGUCAUACUGAAGUGCGGGCAUAAUUUUUGCCGGUUUUGUAUCUGUAUGCACUGGGACGAAAAUGGCGCAGACUUCGGAUAUCAGUGUCCUCAGUGUCGUGCGGUGUUCAACAGCAGGACCUUCACCAAGAACUACUUGGUGCAGAACCUGGUGGCUAAACUGGACUGUCUGGGUUCUUGUCCUAAACCAUCUAAGCCUGUUAAACUAGAUGGCAAGUGUGAGCAACACGGAGACGAGCUGAAACUCUACUGCAGGGCUGAUAAGAGGCGUAUCUGUGUCGUCUGCAGGGCAUCCAGAGCACACAGGCACCAUGACGUGGCACCAGUGCCAGAAGUUAUCAGUGACAUGAAGAAAGAGCUGAAAUUGAGGCUAAGGGAGCUUUUCUGGCAGAAAUCUCAGUGUGUGAAAGUGGUAACAGCAGAUGAAUGUACCAAAGCUGAUGUCAGGUUAAAGAAACGGAGACUGAAGGAGAAGAUCGAGGAGGAUGUUGGCGCUUUGGUCCAGUUCCUGCUGGAUGAGAGAGACUCCUUAUUAGAAAGCCUGGACACAGAGGAAGUGGCCACCAUGGCCGUCAUAGAUGACAAUUUGAAAAUUGGUCAGACGGAGGCAGCAGCUGCAGAAAAAGUUAUUGCUGAUAUCCACAAUCACAUCAGUGGGGAAACCAGCUUUGAGAAUCUUGCUGAGACAUUCAACAAAGUUGUGCAUUUAACACCGUACACAGAUCUUGAACCAGUUAAUUGUCAAACUGACUUCACAGACUUCUCAGGGCCCUUCCAGCUUAUCAUGUGGAAGAAGAUGAUGCAUGUGCUGCACACCAUGCCUCAAAACCUCACCUUAGACCCAGACACAGCUCAUCAUAACCUGCUAAUCUCAGACUUUGACACCAAAGUGGAGGAAGGACACUUGAGAAACCAGGAGCCGGACUUGCCGGGCUGCUUCAACCGCUUCUGUGGUGUCCUGGCUACAGCCCAGUACUCCAGCGGUCAACAUUACUGGGAGGUGGAUGUAAAAGACAAAGGGGUGUGGUACCUGGGUGUUACCACCGAAGGCAGCAACAGGAAGGGUUUCGUCAGCCUCACCCCCUCCGCAGGGUACUGGAGUCUGUGUCUGCAGGACCGGCUGUAUGCUAACGGGGAGGAUGGACGCAUUACUGUCGCUGACUACUGGAACUCUCCCCGCGUCGGCGUGUACCUGGACUACGACAAUGGGCGUCUUAGCUUCUACGACGCUGUGACAAUGAAGAGACUGUACAUGUUUGACACCUGCUUUGAGGAGCCCGUAAUCCCUUUCUUUAGCCCGGGGAAGUAUGAUCCAGGCAGCAGGAUGCAGAUUUGCCACUAUUACUGAGGGGGACACAGUGAGGGUUCCACUGUGUCUCAAAGUCAGUAGGCUGAGGUCAUGUGUUCUUUGGAGCCUUAUUUUGGUGGGAUUGAGGUUAGGGUUAGGGAUCUAGGUGUCUCCUCACACUCUGGUUGUAGUGGAGAUCUUAAACAAUCUGGCUUUAAGCUUGAAAAUUUGAAUAUGUUUUAUGUCUAUCCUUGACACUCGCACUGUAGGUCCCCCCCUCGUUGACUGGGGUUUAGAGAGGUGCUUUGCUAUUUGUAUCACUGUGUCUGCCUUGACGCAGAUGCCUCAAACGCUCAUUUAUUAGAGAGAAUACAGCUUAUCAUUUAGUAACCACAGUGGUUACUCACAUUAUUGUCAGGGAGUGCCGCUGCCGCCAUGGUGGAAGACCACAAGAAGUAGGUUUGCUGGCAGUUGGGUUUCUGGAAAUCAUUAAUUGUUGGCCGAAAAAUAAUCAGUAUGGAAAGUUAUCAAAUAUUAAUUUCUUUGGAGCCAUCAGUCGUUUUGCAAUGACUGACUUGCAUUUGUCUUAGAGACCAUUUGUUGAUACAUUUACUACUCAUUUUAUUAUUGUUUUUGUUUGUAACUUUUGCGUUUUUAACUUUGCGUAUUUGCUUAACUUGUAACUUGCUCUCUGCAUUAGCACCAUAUUUUUGUGAGCAGCCAUCAUUGACAGUUGCAUAAUUUUACAUUGAUACGUCUGCAGAGAAGAAGCAGGUUUUAGAGGUUUCAAACAUUUUAAUGUCAAAUAAGCUAUAUAACAUGUCUUUAUUACCAUGCAAUUGAUGUAGUGGAGCUGUUUUGUUGUUCAAACCAUUCCAGCAGUUGUUCAGAGCCACAGCAAAGCGCCAGGCGGACUCGGCUGAAGCAAAGGUUUUCUAAAUUUGCUUUUGCUUUAAUGUAGUCCCAGAUUUUCUUUGUUUCCUGUGUUAGGAUUAAUUGUUCCUGGUUUGUCCUGUAGCUAGUCCAGAUAGUUUAUAGUCUGUUCUUAAUUAUCUAUUAGAACUUUUUUUUUAUCCAAGUUGUUUAAAUUUUGCUUUUUUAAAAUUGCUGUAUGAUUUUACUUUGUAUGUGGAAGUAAAUGUUCAGUGGAGUUUUCUAAACUUAUAUUAACAUUUAUUUUGUUUUUGCUGUUUUGUCUGCUUGCACAGUUCCACGCUGUGCUGCUUCUGACCUGUAUUCAAAUGUUUGUCAUCUUAAACUCUUGUCCUUGGACUUUUGUUUUUCAUUAAAGAUGUUGCACAAA